GCGAAACAGGAGUAGCUACAUUCGCGAGGAAAAGCUUUUCCUUCCUUCUGUCCAGCAUUUUAACCGAAGAUACCUUAUUUGUCUGUCUGGGGAAGAUCUGAUUUUUAAGAGCUUCCUCUCCCCUUUCUCCCUCCCCUCUCUUAUACACACACAGACACACACACACACAAAUCCCUCUGAUUGUUCCUACCACCUCCUUGGUGAGUUACCGACAACGACAGCCAUUCAAUCAGCUGCUACUGCUGCUCCGGGGCUGUAGGGACUCGCGGACUGUGUGUGUGCCUGCUUGCUUUUCUGCUUUCGAAAGAAAAGACUCCGAUGUAGCUUUUUAGGUGGUCUUUUUAUUAGAUCCAAGGAAGAGGAGACAGAAAAAAAGGCGGCUGAAAAUUGAGGCUCUGCCAUCGGGGCUGCUGUGUUUGAAAGGAAACUCUCGCCCAUUAGGGUGAGAGGAGGAUAUAUAUACACACACACACAAUUUUCGGCCGGAUGAAAAUGUUGAAUCCUGCAAACGGAGAGCAGCUUCAUUUAGCAAACUAUGUGGAGGAUUACCUGGACUCCAUCGAAUCUCUGCCCUUCGAUCUGCAGAGAAAUGUCUCCGUGAUGAGGGAAAUUGACGCCAAAUAUCAAGAUAUCUUGAAGGAGCUGGAUGAUUAUUAUGAAAAAUUCAAACGAGAGACUGAUGCAGUACAAAAGAGGAGACUGUUGCAUUGCAUACAGAGAGCACUGAUCCGAAGUCAAGAACUGGGAGAUGAAAAAAUUCAGAUUGUCAGUCAAAUGGUAGAACUUGUUGAGAACAGAACUAGGCAAGUAGAUAGCCAUGUUGAACUGUUUGAAGCCUGCCCAGAGACUAAUGACACAACUGGAAACAGUGGCAAAGCUAACCAAGAUAAAUCAAAGAAUGAGACGAUCACUCAGGCUGAGAAGCCCAACAACAAACGGUCUCGGAGGCAAAGAAAUAAUGAAAAUCGAGAGAAUGCUUCAAAUAAUCAUGAUCAUGAUGAUAUAACCUCAGGAACUCCAAAGGAGAAGAAAGCAAAAACUUCCAAGAAAAAGAAAAGGUCUAAGGCCAAAGCAGAGAGGGAGGCCUCACCAGCAGACCUUCCCAUUGAUCCCAAUGAGCCGACUUACUGUCUGUGUAAUCAGGUCUCCUAUGGAGAAAUGAUAGGCUGUGAUAAUGAUGAGUGCCCAAUUGAAUGGUUUCACUUCUCGUGUGUGGGACUCAAUCAUAAACCAAAGGGCAAGUGGUACUGCCCCAAAUGUAGGGGAGAAAAUGAGAAGACUAUGGACAAAGCACUGGAGAAAUCUAAAAAAGAAAGGGCAUACAACAGGUAGUUUCUGAAAUAGAAGAGAAUAAAGCCUUGAAAAUAUAUUUAUUCUCAGUCUCACCUUUUGUUGAGGUGUCAGGAUUGUAAAAUGUAUAUUUUUAAAGAAUGCAUUAAAUCAAUCCAUUCUGUCAUAGGAAUGGUAAUUGAGGAAAUGUUUGGUUUUUUUUCCUUUUGAUACAGCUGUUAAGAACAUGGUCUGUAGGCUAAAACAUACAGUAAAGUAAGAGUAAUAUUUGGGUUCAUCUUAUGAAAAACAUGUUUUCACAAGUUGGUAAGACUCUGCCAUUGAAAAUGUAGAUAGUAAAAAAAUUCUUGGAUUGCAUUCCAUUUUUCUUUAUAGAGGAAUGCUGUUACCUUUCCAGAAAAUUGUUCUAUAGUCUGUUCAAAUAAAGCAGCAGUACAGUGUGAACUAACCAUAAACACAUUGAGUGCAAUCCAACACAGUAUGUAGCAUGUUUGUGCCCACUGGUUUCAGUGGCCUUAAGUGCAAUUAAUUCUGAGUUGGAUAAUGACCAUUUACUUGGAAGUCCUGUUUAUUUCAGUCACUGCUACUUCCAAGAAAAUGGUUUAGCAUUAUAGCCUUACACUGUAUUUUAAACAUUUUACUGAGAAUUAAGGCCCUUUGCAUUCAGUGGGACUUGGUUCUAAGGGAUGUGUUUAGGAUCAGAGUGUGCAUUUCUUCUGGUGAUGAUCAAUGCAAAAGCAAAGAAGUUACAGUAUGGCUCCUGUUAAAUGCGUCAGUCUAGCAGUUCAAUAUCAGAUGUUUAACUACAGCUACAAGCUUAUUUUUUAAAAUGCAAAGGGUUAAAUUUUACACAACAUAUUUUAUAUACUGGCCAAGUACCACAAUGGCCUUUUAAAAAUGAUUUAGUAUAUUUUGUAUUUAACCAGGAAGUGGUUUAGUAAUGAAACUUAACAUAAAUCAAAGCUUUAUACUGUCACAAAUAAUAGUGUAGCAGUCUUUACUUUGUAUAAGUUGUAAAAAUGUACAUUUUCAAGUGGAGUUGCACUUAACUGUAUUAUAAUUGGGAAUGCAUCUACAUGCCAUGGUAUAGCCAAUGUGCAUUUCCUUCUGUAUGUAUGAAAAUUGUACAGCUGUGAUAUUAAGGAAUAAAUUAAACAAGUUGGAUAA